GACACUGCUCAGUUGUUUCAGGACUUAAAGCUGCUUUAAACUUACUCCAAAAGGUAAGAACAAGGCAAUGGCUCCACGGCCAGAGAUCGGAAGUGACUCUUCAGUCUCUCCACCAGACCUUGACACAAACUCGUCCAAAGAUGCUGUGGUGCUUCCAGCGUACUCCACCGUGGCUCUUGUGGAAUUAGAUCCUGAUUCGGUUAACCCAUGGGAACUUCCUGAGCUCCAGGACAUGGGGCCCAAAUGGUCAGAACUGGACACAAAAGGAAAAAUACUCCGAGUCCUUACCUCGAUCGGAAGAUUUGUUCUCUUGCUCGGAUUCCUUUACAUGUUUGUUUGCUCCCUGGAUGUUCUGAGCUCAGCGUUUCAGCUUGUUGGUGGAAAAGCAGCUGGAGAUAUCUUUCAAGACAAUGUGAUAUUGUCCAACCCUGUGGCAGGGCUUGUGAUUGGUGUCUUGGUUACGGUGUUGGUUCAGAGCUCCAGCACGUCUUCAUCCAUUGUGGUCAGCAUGGUGUCAUCUGGACUACUGGAGGUGCAGUCAGCAGUGCCUAUCAUUAUGGGUGCUAACAUCGGUACCUCCAUCACCAACACCAUUGUGGCUGUGAUGCAGGCCGGGGAUCGUAAUGAGUUCCGCAGGGCAUUUGCUGGAGCCACAGUUCAUGACUUUUUUAACUGGCUGUCUGUGUUGAUAUUGCUGCCUCUGGAAGCAGCCACUGGUGUCCUGUACAAGCUCACCAAACUCCUCAUCGACUCAUUCCACAUCCAGACAGGCCAGGACGCCCCAGACUUGCUUAAAGUCAUCACUGAACCACUCACCAAAAACAUCAUCGAGCUGGACAGUUCUGUCAUCAGUGACAUAGCCAUUGGUGAUCCCAGUGCUCGAAACAAGAGCCUGAUCAAGAUAUGGUGCAAAAAGGAGAAAUUCACGACUCUAAUGAAUGUCACCGUUCCUGGAGUAGCAAACUGCACAGUCGGUGCGCCGUGCUGGAUGGAGGGCAACCAGACAUGGACACAACAGAACAUAACAGAGACCAAAAACUUACAGAAAUGUUCUCAUCUUUUUGCCUCGGCGAACUUGCCUGAUCUGGCUGUAGGACUGAUCCUGCUAGCUCUGUCCCUGCUGGUGCUCUGUACAUGCCUCAUUCUCAUCGUCAAGCUGCUCAACUCCAUGCUCAGAGGUCAGGUGGCUGUCGCCAUUAAGAAGGUGCUCAACACAGAUUUCCCCUUUCCAUUUGCAUGGGUCACUGGCUACCUUGCCAUCUUGGUGGGGGCAGGAAUGACCUUCAUCGUGCAGAGCAGUUCAGUCUUCACCUCUGCCAUUACACCUCUUGUUGGUAUUGGUGUUAUUAGCAUUGAGCGAGCCUACCCCCUUACGCUUGGCUCCAAUAUUGGGACAACAACCACUGCUAUUCUUGCUGCCAUGGCAAGUCCUGGAGAAACACUGGCUAACUCGCUACAGAUCUCCCUGUGCCAUUUCUUCUUCAACAUCUUUGGCAUAAUGCUGUGGUACCCAAUUCCUUUCACACGUGUGCCUAUCCGACUAGCUAAAGCUCUGGGUGACCGAACAGCCAAAUACCGCUGGUUUGCCUUCGUCUACUUGGUCCUUUGCUUCUUCAUUCUGCCCUUGACUGUGUUGGGGCUGUCCAUUGCCGGCUGGCAGGUUCUGGUGGGGGUCGGCGUACCCGUGGUGGUGCUGGUGAUCUUCGUAGUGGUGGUGAACAUCAUGCAGUCACACUGCCCACACGCCCUGGUUCCUGUGCUUCGCAAUUGGGACUUCCUCCCCCGGCCACUGCACUCGCUCAAACCGUGGGACCGCAUCGUCACCAGGAUGAUGGGCUUUUGCGGGAAACGCUGCUGCUGCUGCUGCAAGUGCUGCCAGAAAGGGGAAGUGGAUGAGGAGGAGAAGAAUAAGAAAGGCUUGGAGAUGUACGACAACCCCACACUUUCCGUAGAUGAUGAGAAGAGCCAGAUUCAGACAGUCUCUGGAACACAUCUGUAGCAUGUAAUAAAGUGUAUAGUUAUUACAGGACUCUAUUACAUAUUAUCAUUUAGCAUGUGCGCUACAUAAAGGGGCUUGAAGUAGACUGUGUACUUGAGGCUGCUAGAUGGUUCUUUUAAAGCAGCCCAGAAGGAACUUGUAGAACCAUUCUAACAACAGCAGAUCUGACUGAACAAGCCUUGGAGGAGUCCGGUUCUCGGUCCUGAGACAUUCUGCUAACCAGAUCUAGACUAUGCUUGCUGUAUGUUCAUUUUUUUAGCACCGUUUGAAGCUGCUCUCAUUGUACGACCGCAUAUCUGUGAAGUGCAAAUUUUAAAUGCAAAUGCAGAUGGCCUUUAUUAUUAAUUCGUACAUAUGGAUUUUGUUUAAAACUAUUUAAAGAGUUGUAUAUUUUAAAGAAUUAUAUUUGUAAAGAAUUAUUACAUUUGAUGCCUUUUAAGCCCAUGGCUUUUUAGAGAUUUCUAAUAUGUAUGUUUCUUAUAUAUGUGCAUUGUUUAUACAGAUUAAAAAAGAAAAAAAAAAUAUAAACAUGAAUCACUACAGACUGUCUGUAUUGU